AUGUCGGACGGCCGCGGGAUACCGCUGUUGAGUGGCCCGCCACCCGAGUACACCGCGAACGAGCCUUCGUGCCGGAAGUGCAACAAAGAGUUCAACAUCCUCUUCGCGCGAUCGCGCAGGUGUAACCACUGUGGUGCGUGCGCAGGCUACUCGUACUGUCAUUCGUGCAGCGACUACCAGGCGCUCAUGCCGCGCAGAGGGAACGAGAGCGGGUACGACCCGGUACCGGUGUGUGGCUUCUGUAUUGAGCUGUUGCAAAUCACCGCGGCCGGGAAGGGUCAACUCAAACAACUCCCGAUGGCGAAGCUCAAGCGGUAUGCGAAGGCAUACAACAUCGAUGUUGGAGGCGUGAUUGAGAAGGACGAUUUCAUUGAGCGGUUGAUUGCGGCCAGGAUGCCUAACGGCUGUCUGCCUACUGCGAAGGAGAACCACUACCGCAAGGGUGGCGUCCCGAACCGCGCCGGCAGCCGUCCCCGCGGGCUAUUCACCCGUGCCAUGGAUGCUAUGAGCGGCUCCCCUCCCUCCCCAUCCUCGUCGCGACAGCAGCCCCAGUCUCAGUACACACCGCACCCGCCAUACCAACCGCGACAACGUACAACAUCCGGGCCUAGUCGGUUCCCCCGCCCCGACCUAGACCCGCGCGACAAUAUACCGCCACAGCAGCAGCAACCAUACUACCACCAGCAACAGGCCCCCAGGCCCGCGCCCCCUCAUGCGAACACGCGCCCUCCACAACAGCCGCAGCCACAACAGCAGCGGUACGCGCCGCCUCCGGGAUACCCACCUCACUAUGCACACCCGUACCCGCAUCCGCAACCAUAUCACCAGCCUCAGCCUCAGCCCCAACCCUCACGCCCGAAUAACCUCAACGUGCCACCUCCGGGGCGGCCACGCUCCGCAUCCGCCACCGCCCCACCAACCCCGCGCACGCAGUCGCCGCCGUCCGUUCAAGCCCCCAGUAUCGAUGCGCUGCUCGCGAUGCCGGACGCGGAGCUCGGCCGGCUCUCGGUCGGUGUGCUGAAGGAGAUUCUGUUCGUGAACCACGUGAAUCCGGGGCCGGUGGUGGAGAAGGGCGACCUCGUGGCGCGCGUGCGCACGCUCGUCGAACAGGAGCGACGCGAGCGCGAGCGGCACGCACAGGAGGAAGAGGAGGAGCGACUAUAUGAAGAGGAGAUGCAACGUGCACGAGAGGAGGAGCGGCGCGCAAGCGAGGAGCGGCGGGCAGCGAGAGAGGCGGGAGCGCGUUCUGAAGCGCAGCCGGUACCCGCACCGCAGCCACAGGCGCAGGAGGGCGCGUCUGCGCCGGGGCCUGUAUCGACCCCGCCGCAGGGCUCGGCAUCCGAGUCCCCCGCGAGCACGCUUACGCCGAAGGCGCAGGCGAUGGCGACGCGUCUUGAGCGUACGGGGCUGUGUGUCAUCUGCCAGGACGAGGAGGCGAAUAUUGCGAUCGUGGACUGCGGACACCUCGCGCUGUGCCGCGGCUGUUCGGACCUGAUCAUGAAGAGCACGCGCGAGUGCCCGCUGUGUCGCACACGGAUUGUCACAGAGAGCCGACUGCUGAGGAUCUUCAAGACUUGA